GUGGAUGUGACCAUGCUCAAAAGGGAGAUGGAGCCGGAAAGCGACAGGCCACGGAAAGUCCGGUUUCGGAUCGCGUCGUCCCACAGCGGCCGAGUUCUGAAGGAGGUGUAUGAAGACGGGCCACCGUCCGGCUCUCUGGAUUCUGAAUGUGCCAGUAUCUGUGGCAUAGAUGGACUCAGUGAGUCUGAUGGACAGCAAAAUGGCCACUUGGGAUCAGAAAGUGAUGAGCAUGAGAACGACCAGGAUAACUUGCUGGUGUUAGCGAGGGCUGCCAGCGAGAAGGGGUUUGGUACAAGAAGAGUCAACAUUUUAAGCAAAAAUGGCACGGUCAGAGGUGUCAAAUACAAAGUGAGUGCUGGCCAAGCUCUGUUUAACAAUCUGACCAAAGUAUUACAGCAACCAUCAACUGAACUAGAAUUCGACCGUGUGGUGAUUUAUACCACUUGCCUUCGCGUGGUGCGGACAACCUUUGAAAGAUGUGAACUGGUAAGAAAGAUCUUCCAAAACCAUCGUGUAAAAUUUGAAGAGAAAAACAUAGCUCUGAAUGGUGACUAUGGAAAAGAGUUAGAUGAACGAUGCCGACGAGUUUCCGAAGCUCCUUCCCUCCCGGUCGUGUUCAUCGACGGCCAUUAUCUUGGGGGUGCUGAGAAAAUUUUGUCAAUGAAUGAAUCAGGAGAACUGCAAGACCUCUUAACCAAAAUUGAGAGAGUGCAGCAUCCACAUGAGUGUCCCUCCUGUGGAGGCUUUGGCUUCCAUCCGUGCUCCGUGUGCCAUGGGAGCAAGAUGUCAGUGUUUCGAAACUGCUUCACAGACUCUUUCAAAGCCCUGAAGUGUACAGCAUGCAACGAGAACGGUCUUCAGCGCUGUAAGAGCUGUGCCGGUUAA